AUGGUACCUAAAGCAACAUUACACGCGAAGAAGAAGAAGGAAGUCAUAGAGAAGCCCAUAGCAAAAACAAAGAAGAUGAAAAAGAAGAAUUACCAGAGCUUCUCGAUUUACAUAUUUAAAUUAUUACGAAGCGUUAUAAAAGAAAAUUUCGGUAUAUCGCGGCAUUCCAUGUUGAUUAUGAACAAUUUUGUCAAUGAUAUGUUAGAGAAAAUCGCCUCUGAAGCUGGGAGGUUGGCGAGUCACAGCAAAAAGACGACAUUAGGUAGUCGGGAGAUACAGUCGGCGAUCAAAUUGUUAAUACCCGGUGAACUAGCGAAACACGCGGACAUUGAAGCGAUGAAGGCGAUCACGAUGUACCACAACAGUCAGGAAAGGGACUCGAAAUUGCAUUGA